AUGAACAAUCUCUCUCUCCUCCUAAGCUCCAGUGAGGACGAUAACAACGAGCAGCAGCUCCAGCUGCUCAGACCAGCGAGCGGCGAACAGCAAACCCCGGCGAAGGUAAGAACAUUCUUCAGCUUCUCCGGCGAACUCAUCUAUCUUCCCCGGCGACCAGUCCAGAAGAGAGACGACAGUGCUACUGUGUGUCGCCGGAGAUCAACCAGAUCUGGCCGGAAAAUCGCUGCUGGGACCUUUCUUGCAGAUCCUUUAUCAGUUUUCUAUUAUAGUUCUGACCUGAGCUGCAUCUUUAGUGUAUUUCUGUGUAGACCUUACUGUGUUUGCAGUUUAGUUCUAGUGGAUUUGGUAUCUGAUGGUGGUAGUGAGUCAUGUCCUCGGUUGAGGCCGAGGUCGAGGGAUAAGAGAGGUAAGGGGGUUACGGGUUCUCUUAACGUGAGGGUAGGAUCUUGGAACAUAGGUUCGUUGACGAGGAAGUCCAUAGAGCUAGUGAAAAUUCUCAAGAGGAGAAAAAUAAAUAUAGCUUGUGUCCAAGAGACUAGAUGGGUAGGCGCCAAGGCUCGGGAUGUUGAUGGGUUUAAGUUGUGGUACUCAGGAGGGUCAAGGGAUAGAAAUGGAGUGGGUAUUUUAGUAGACGGGGAUUUGAGGGAGCAAGUGGUGGAGGUUAGGAGGAUCAAUGAUAGGCUGAUGACGAUUAAGCUAGUCAUUGGAGGAAGUACUUUGAGUGUUAUUAGUGCUUAUGCCCCUCAAGUGGGCUUGGACGAGGAGGCCAAAAAGCGCUUUUAUGAGGAUUUAGAUGAGGUAGUUAGAGGUAUACCAAAUACCGAGAAGAUUGUCAUUGGUGGUGAUUUUAAUGGCCACAUCGGGGCAACUUCUAGUGGAUUUGAUGAUGUUCAUGGAGGCUUUGGUUUUGGGGAGAGAAAUGGAGGUGGAACUUCGCUUCUAGACUUUGCUAAGGCUUUUGAGUUGGUGAUUGCGAACUCAUGCUUUCCGAAGAAGGAGAACCACUUGGUUACCUUUCGUAGCCCAGUAGCUAAGACCCAGAUAGAUUACUUACUCCUCAGGAAGGGUGAUAGAGGUCUCUUUAAAGACUGCAAGGUCAUCCCAAGUGAAAACCUCACUACCCAACACAAGCUUUUGGUGAUGGACCUGAAGAUUAAGAGGGAUAGGAGGAGGAAGAUGAUACCUGAUCGACCGAGGAUUAAAUGGGGUGGGUUGACCCCUGCCCUUUCUCAGGAGAUGGGUGAUGAGCUGAUGGGGAUGGGGGCCUGGAGUGGUAGCGGGGAUGCGGACAACAUGUGGAAUAAAGCAGCUAGUUGCAUUAGGGAAGUUGCUUCUAAGGUGUUAGGGGUGUCAAUGGGUAAAUUUGGAGGCCAUAAAGGAGAUUGGUGGUGGAAUGGGGAAGUCCAAGGUAAAGUGGAAGCGAAGAAGGCUGCAUACAUAAAAUUGGCGGAGUGCGUAGACGAGGAAGAGAAGCGGACGCUUAAGAAAGUCUAUAAGACGACAAAGACAGAAGGUAAGUUAGCUGUUACGAAGGCGAAGACGACAGCUUUCGAACGCUUGUAUGUCAAGCUGGGGGACAAAGGUGGGGAUAAGAAGUUGUAUAGGCUCGCAAAAGCAAGAGAGAGGAAGGCGCGCGACUUGGACCAAGUGAAGUGUAUCAAAUAUGAGGAAGGCAAAAUACUGGUGGAAGAGACCGCCAUCAAGCAAAGAUGGCGAAGCUACUUUCACAAACUUUUAAAUGAAAAAAGGUACGUUAGGUCCGAGGAGGUUAUACGGGCUAUUAGUAGGAUGAGUAGGGGAAGAGCGACCGGACCCGAUGAGAUUCCGGUAGAAUUUUGGAAGAGCAUGGACAAGGCGGGCAUAGAGUGGUUAACUGGGCUGUUUAAUGUUAUCUUUAAGACAACAAAAAUGCCUGAAGAAUGGAGGUGGAGUACAAUGGUUCCGUUGUAUAAAAACAAGGGUGAUAUCCAAAACUGUAACAACUACACGGACGAGUUGACGCGGUCUAUUCAGGAGAAGGUCCCAUGGUGUAUGUUAUUUGCGGAUGACAUAGUACUGAUUGAUGAGACGCGGGACAUAGUUAAUGCGCGGUUGGAGGUAUGGAGACAAACGCUGGAGUCCAAAGGGUUCAGGUUGAGUAAGACCAAAACAGAAUAUUUGGGGUGCAAAUUCAGUGAUGUGGUGGAUGAGACAGAUGUGGAAGUGAGACUUGCCGCACAAAUCAUUCCUAAGAAGGAAAGUUUUAAGUAUCUUGGGGCUCUUAUUCCAGAACUUUGUACGAAAAGUUCUCUGUAG